AUGGCCCAACCUGUCUCUUGUUGCUUGCCCAAGUUUGGCACGAGCACUCAUGGGCCAAGGCGGCCUGCUUCGUUGAGGAUCAGGACGAGUCCUUCCCAGACUCUCCAGUUGCUAGCCGCUUGGGACCAAUCCGAGUUAGAUUCUUUACUCAAGGCCACUUGGGCCUUGCUUCUUCAUCGCUAUACUGGCCUAGAGGACAUUUGCUUUGGUUACCAACCGAUUGGAGUUGAUGCCGGUCCCCGCGAUACUGUUACUUCUUCCGAUACCCAUAAUAAUAUUCCCUUAACUUUUAAUCUGACCAUUACCGAGGACGACUCUGUCCAUGCCAUUUUGCGCAACACAAAAAAGCAGAACGAAGCUGAAAAAUGCGGAAGUUCAAGCUCGAGUUGCCACAGUUAUACCCUGUGCAAUACCCUUCUAAUGCUGCGCAACUGUCGCAGUGUUACGAAAGAUCCCAGAGCCCCUCUUGUGCAACCGGCCUUGGCAAUUCCCUUGCCCGAAAAGUGCCGCGUCAGGCUGCACGUCAAAGUCCUGCAGAAGGAUGUCGGUAUCUUCUUCGAAUGGUGGAACAAUGAUAUGUCCACUGAGCAUAUGAAGAGCGUCGCCGACUACUUCGAGCAGAUACUUUCACGCGUACUCUCGGCAGAAGAUACUGCCGCGAGGGACCUGAACCAUUUCUCAGAUCGAGAUUGGUCCAGAGUCUGCAAUUUCAACUCUACCAUCCCCCAGGCACAUGACCGCUGUAUACACGAGGUCAUUCAUGAGCAAGUCCUGGCUCGCCCCGGAAGUGAAGCAGUUUGUGCGUGGGAUGGAAGUUUGACCUACCAAGAUCUGGAUCUCCUGUCAUCCCAAGUUGCUUAUCACCUUCAAGCACACGGAGUCGGCCCUGAAAAAUGUGUCGCUCUGUGUUUCAACAAAUCAAAAUGGAAUGUAGUGGCAAUGCUGGGUGUUCUGAAAGCUGGCGGUGCUUUCGUCCCCCUUGAUCCAACACAUCCAACCUCUCGUCUACAGUCGCUGGUGCACGCUGUGCAAGCCAAGGUCAUGCUUUGCUCCAGAGACCGAAUAGGAGAAUUGACUGGGGUAGCGGAGAUGAUAAUACCACUGGACCAGGCUAUCAUAGACGAAAUCUCCCUUCAAGCUGAAGAAAUCUACUCAUUGCCGGAUGUACAAGGUCACAAUGCAGCCUACGUGAUAUUCACUUCUGGAUCAACAGGAGAACCUAAGGGUACCAUGCUAGAGCACAGAGCCUAUGUAUCCGGAGCCGCUGCCCAUGCUGGACCGCACCAUAUGUUUUCGACUUCACGCGUCUUGCAGUUUGCGGCACACACGUUUGAUGCCAGUCUUGUCGAGAUCUUGACUACCUUGUUGCAAGGCGGCUGUGUCUGCAUUCCAAGUGAAGAAGAACGCUUGAGUGACAUAGUCAAGGUCAUCAACGAGAUGAACAUAAACCAUGCUAUUUUGACCCCAUCCUUUGUUGAGUUCAUUGAUUCCUCGCAAGUCCCAGGUCUUGAGACCUUGAUUCUUGCUGGAGAGGCGAUGUCACAAGGCCAGCUGGAAACAUGGUCGUCCGCCCUCCACCUCAUCAACGCCUAUGGCCCCACAGAAAGCUCUGUUGCUGCCGUUGUUAACGCCAAAGUUACACCAUCUUCUGAUUGUCGGGAUAUUGGACUCCCCGUGGGCGUACGUUGCUGGGUUGUAGACCCGAGCAAUCAUGACCAAUUAGUACCCGUGGGUUGUCCGGGUGAAUUACUGCUUGAGGGACCGACGCUCGCUCGAUGCUAUCUCAACAAUCCUCAGAAGACAAGUGAAGCGUUCAUCCAUGAUCCAGCCUGGAUGAGAAGGGACGGAUUAAAUGACUGUAACCGGAGAGUGUACAAGACGGGUGAUCUGGUAAGAUACAACUCCGACUGUGGCUCACUGACGUAUAUAGGCAGAAAAGACACGCAGGUGAAGUUUCAUGGACAGAGACUUGAGUUGGGCGAGAUAGAAAACCAGCUGGCUGCCGACCCAAUUGUCAAACACUGUCUAGCUUUUCUUUCGAAGUCAGGGUUCUCUGCAGGCAAAUUGGUGGCGGUAAUAUCCUUAUCUGUUCACUUCGAAUCUCAACCGGAAUCAAAUGCAGCGCCACUCAAGCUCCUUGAUACAUCGAAGAAGACCUCUAUCGUUGCAGAAGUUCGCGAGAGAUUAUCAGCUAAACUACCAACCUACAUGAUACCCUCCGUUUGGCUGUGUGUGGAGGCAUUGCCGUUGCUUCCGUCUGGGAAGCUGGACAGAAAGGCGACCGCAAGAUGGAUUGGAGAUAUGGAGCGAGACCCGUAUGCCCAAGCUAUAAGCGCCAGGACUUUGUCUGCGGAUAAAGCCACACUUCCUUCGAGUGCCACGGAGGACAAACUCGCUGCGAUCUGGAGCCGGGUUCUCAAUAUCCCCCGAAGCCAACUUGCCCUUGACGAAGGCUUUUUGAGUCUAGGUGGAGACUCUAUUGCCGCCAUAACGUGCCUCGGGUAUUGCAAGAAGCAAGGAAUGGGCUUGACGGUACAAGAGGUGCUUCAUAGCAAGUCAAUCAAGGAGCUGGCUACUCGGGUAAAACAGAUCGAUCAAUUUGUUGUGUACGAAGAAAAGAUCGAUGAGCCCUUUGACCUUUCACCAAUCCAGAAGCUUCACUUCAUGGUCCGAAACGAGGGCCAAGGCCACUUCAACCAAAGCAUUCUUACACGCCUGAACCGGCACAUUGAUGAGCAUAGCAUGCGACGUGCAAUUGAGACCAUUAUCAAUCGUCACUCUAUGCUCCGCUCUCGCCUGGUCGAAUCAGACGUUGAGGGGAUAAUGCGGCAAAGAAUAACUCAAGACGUAGCAGGGUCUUACCGUUGGCGUUCUCACAACAACAGCAACCGAAGCGAGGUCGACCAUGCUAUCUCGAACAGCCAGUCAUGCAUCAAUGCCUUCGUUGGCCCCGUACUUGCAAUAGAUGUCUUCUAUGGAAAUGACCAUUCCCGCCUGCUGUCACUCGUGGCUCAUCAUAUGGUAGUCGACAUUGUUUCGUGGAGGAUUAUUUUGGAAGACUUGGAAGACCUACUGAUGAACCCCGAUCAACCGAUAUCACAGAACGGCUCCCUUCCGUUUCAGAACUGGUGCCAAAUUCAAGCAGAUCGUUGUCAAGAAGCGACAGCUGAACGAACCAUGGAUCUGCCUGAAGUUCCCGCACCCGAUUUUGCCUACUGGGGACUAAAAAGCCACCAAACCACCUAUGGCGAUGUGGAUUGUGAAACGUUCGAUCUUGACAGUGAUAUUACUCGCCACAUACUGACUGGGUGCCACGAAAGUCUUCAAACAGAGCCAAUCGAUCUUUUUCUAGCAGCUUUGCUACACUCCUUCGGCGAAACGUUCAAAGACCGAUCAUUGCCAGUUAUAUACAAUGAGGGACAUGGGCGAGAAGUCUGGGACUCAUCAAUAGAUAUCUCUCGCACUAUCGGCUGGUUUACCACACUGUAUCCCAUUCUUCUAUCGGAACUUCCUGCAAAAGAUCCAACCGAAACGGUUGUACGUGUUAAGGAUUUGCGACGUUGUGUUCCGGACAAUGGUCGACAUGAUUUCGCUCGUCGUAUGUUGGUUCCACGCGAAGAUGGGACUUGUCGGCACUAUAGCCCCAUGGAGAUGUCUUUCAACUAUGUGGGCCAGCACCGUGACCUACAGAGAAAGGAUGGGCUCUUCCAACUCAUGGAUCAGAUGGCUGGAGAAACAGGCCGCGGAGGUGCAGCGGCUGAUUUUGGUGAAGAAACUCCUCGCUUUGCACUGUUCGAGAUAUCUGCGAUGGUUGUGCAGGGUCAACUUCGCUUUAUCUUCUCCUUCAAUAGGAAUAUGCAGCAUCAGAAUGGUAUCCGUAACUGGGUACACUGCUGCAAAACAUUACUGGCAUCCCUGGGCGAACGCUUACAGGCUCUCCCACCGAAACCAACGCUAAGCAGUUUCCCCAUGUUAACAUUGACAUAUACCGAACUCGAUGCGUUGGUGUCGAAAAAAUUACCGGAUGCCGGUAUUCAUAGUCUUGAUGAUGUUGAGGACAUCUAUCCUUGCUCCAGAAUGCAGCAGGGCAUUCUACUCAGUCGCUCUCGCGAUAGCUCACUUUAUGCUGUACAUGACACAUUCGAAAUAUCCGGGCCAGGAAGCACACCCGACAUCAACCGAUUGAUACUUGCCUGGCAGAAAGUCGUUGCUCACCAUGCAAUGCUACGGACUAUAUUUCUGGAGGGGUUGAGCAGCCACGACCUACAUUGUCAAGUGGUGCUCAAAUCGUUCGAUUCCCGCCCAACUUACGUCGUAUGUGCGAAUGAAAGCGAAGUGCUACCUACAUUUGACAAACAGCAACCGAUGAGCUACGAUAAUAGUAUACCUCCUCAUCGGCUUACAAUCUGCCAAACGGCUUCUGGGAAGCUGUUUUGUCGACUGGAGCUGAACCAUGUCGCCAUGGAUGGCGCAUCAAUCUCCAUCAUCCUUCGGGAUCUGCAAUUAGCGUACCAAGGAAAGCUCGAAGAACCAAAGCCGAAGUUCAAAGAGUAUAUACGCUACCUUCGUGAGGUUCCCCAAGUCGCAAGUCUUGACUAUUGGCGCAAUUAUUUGUUGGAUGUCCAACCUUGUCAUUUCCCCGUGCUCAAUGACGGCAAAGGCUCUGUAAGGCAGCUUCGGACCAAGAGAUUGGGCGGUGUGCCAUUCAAAGAGCUACGAACCAUCUGCGAUAUGAAUGGUCUGACCCUUCCGACUGCCUUUAGUGCUGCAUGGGGAUUAACGGUUCGCUCCUUUUGUGGAUCAGAUGACAUCUCCUUCACCUAUCUUGCAUCACUAAGAGAUGUCCCAGUAGAGGGCGUUGAAUAUGUUGUUGGACCUGUCAUCAAUACCCUGACCUGUCGUAUGCUGUUUGCUAAAGGGACGUCACUGAAGGAGAUCCUCGCAAAAGUUCAACAGGAUAACCUGGACAAUUUGCCGCACAGGCAUAUCUCACUCACGGAGAUCCAGCAAGCUUUGGGACUAACAGCCUCAUUGGCUAAUAGUGGUAUUUCUUACCGGAAGCUUCCCAAUCAGAAUGCUUUGUCAAGCGAGGAGAUACAGUUCUCUGAAGUGGGGACAAUUCACGACCCGGCAGAGUCGCCCGUUUUUGUCAAUGUUGAAGCUACAGAAGACGACGCACGUAUCGACCUUAACUACUGGACAGACCACCUGUCGGACGGGCAAGCAGAGAAUGUCGCGAGCACAUUCCUUAAAUCGGUUGAAAAUAUUGUGCACCACUUUGAGGAUGACGCCCAUUCAAUUGACAACUUUAGCGACGCGAACAGACAAAGCCUAAUGCUUUGGAAUAGCGAAGUCCCAAAGUCCAUCGACAAAUGCAUGCAUGAGAUAGUUGAUGAGUGUGCGAAAUCCCACCCUCACACCAUGGCAAUUUCUGCUUGGGAUGGAAACCUCACUUAUGCUAAGCUCAAUGAAUUGUCAUCGCUACUUGCAACGUACUUGACAACACUAGGGGUGGGCCCCGGAACAAUCGUGCCCCUUGAUCUCGCUAGAUCCUCCUGGCAAGUUGUAGCCAUCUUGGCAGUCAUGAAGACAGGUGGUGUAUGUGUUCCGGUGAACCCAGCCCGACUGCCACAACAUUUCGAGACUUGGCUCGUCGACAAUGAGAUCCAGGUUGCCCUAGCAUCACCGACUCAAAUGCAACUACUCGAAGGGGCCGUUCCAUAUGUAAUUUCCGUGGAGAGCUCUCUGUUUGAAUACCUUUCAGACAGUGAUGCAGUUUCAAGCUCACCAAUUCAGCCAUGCAGCGAUGCAUAUAUCGUGUUCGGCGCUGAGAGUCCCAAGUGCAUCUUGAUUGACCAUCGUGCAAUAACAACCCGGGCAAGCGCGUUCGCUUCAGGUCUUGGACUAAAUGCACGAACAAAGAUGCUCCAAUACGCUCCCUAUACUUCUGACAUGUUCCUUCAAGAAGUCUUCGGCACGUUCCUGUGCGGUGGGUCUAUCUGCAUUCCGUCAGAUGAAGACCUGGCAGACCUGUCAAAAGCCAUCAAGACAAUGCAGGCGAACUGUGUCAGUAUCACACCCUCAAUGGCGAUGACUCUAAGAUUCGCAGAGGAUCUGGGGAUAAAGGUCCUUGCUUUAUGGGGUGAACACCCGACCAAGCAACUUCUUACCGCCCUGCCUGGAGGAAUCCAAGUGCAUGCAUUCUAUGGAACGCCAGAAUGCUCAUCUUCUUGCAUUCGAUCCUCUCAGCUUGACGGAUCAUGCGAAUCGUCAAUUAUUGGGUCAAGUCUUGGAUGUAAAUCUUGGCUUGUAGAUCCCUCCGAUCACGAUAUUUUGGUUCCGAUCGGCUGCGUUGGCGAAUUGAUGAUAGAAGGCCCAAGUCUUUCUCAUGGUUACUAUCAAGAUGCGGAACUCACGCAACAAUAUUUCGUCGAAAAUCCCUUUUGGAGACUGGCAUACGAAUCCCAGCCAUCAUCAGACAAAGACAAGAACACGGACGCCCAGAAGCUGUCCUAUCGAUUGUUCAAGACUGGAGAUCUUGCUCGCUACAACUCCGAUGGCACACUCGUUUACGUUGGUAAGAAAGAUAGAGGAUUGCAUUGGCAGCGACAGACAGCGGCCAUUUACGUCGAAGAGCAAAUCGCAUCUCUCUCAUCCUUCAAUGCCCAGUAUGUCGUUGAGGAGAUCAGCAAGAGAAAUGUCGAUUCUCCCCGAUCGUCUCUGGCCAUCUUUUUCUCUGAUGAGGCCGUCGACUCCAAGGGACACCACCAGCCUAUUGCACAAUUGUCACCUGAGCUGCACGACUCAAUGAUCAGGCUGUAUAAAAAGCUGUCGAGCUCCUUGCCAGCGAAUUCUGUCCCGAGACUGUAUUUUCCGACGUCUAGCAUACCACUGAACUCGUUCGGUAAGCUAGACCGCCAGCUGCUGAGAAAUGCAGCUCAAAAUCUGCCAGAAGGAUUGCUGUCUAGAUUCGACAUCAAAAGCUUUGACAGCUUCUGGAAAGGGCAGCUGGCCACAUUGGCGGUUUCGCCAGUGUUCCCGCCACCCCGUGGCUCUUUGUCUCAGCCGAGCACACCGGUCACCAAGCAAGCAACAAGAAACAUGCAGAUGGUCUGGUGUGAUACACUCAGAUCAAUGACCGAAGGUACACGAUGUGCUAUCCUUUCUGCAUGGGCUCUUACUAUUCGCGGCUACACCAGCUCCCGUGAUAUUGUUUUUGGGGAGUUGCUGUCAGAAGUUGAAUUGGCCUCCACUGAGCGUCAGGACAAUUAUACGCAAGCUGCAACUAUCGUUCCCCGACGCUUCCAACUCAACGAUGAUUGGACCGUUACUGAGCUACUGAGCAGGGUGAAGAACCAACUGGAGUCAGCUAAGCCCUACCAAUGGGCUGGAAUAAGUCAAAUUCAGAAAUUGAACGCUGAUACGGCGCGCGCCUGUGAUUUCAUGAACUUGAUCUCUAUAACGGACAAUCGUGGCCUUGAACCAAGUCUAGUACCCAUGAAACAGCAUGACAGCAAUCUGUCCGGUUAUCCUUUGAUGGUUGAUUGUAUCCUUGGAGAUGCUACGCUCGAACUCUUGAUUAGUUACGAUGACAGCACUUUAACAGGCACCCAGAUCGAGCGACUGGCUGCCCAAUUCUUCGCUUGUGUUGGACUUCUUAACUCCAAGGCUAGCAUGAGCAAGACAAUUGGUAUCUUGUCCAGAGACAACAUGGACUUUUGCUCCUUCCGCCAUGAUGUUGCCUACUGGAAAAACUACUUGGAGGAUGUUGAAGCUUGUCUUUUCCCGGCACUACGUGCACGUGCGGAGGAAAAUACUCAUGCUGAGACUCAGAUAAUACUCCAGAACACCAAGCAUCUACAUGAUCUCAGUGAACGUGAACGUCUCAGCAAAAGCUCACUUCUUCAGCUUGUUUGGGGCUUGGUUCUGCGAUGCUACACAGGCCUACAAGAUGUGUGCUUCGGAUAUCACAUUUCAGAUGCAAGCGACAGAUCUGCCAAGCCUGGAGUUGCGAAUAAGCCAGAUAUUUCAGGUACAUUCCCGUGCAGAAUGCUCUUGAAUGGUGAAUCUAGGGUUGCGGAAAUUUUGAGAGAGCGACUGCAAGGACUGAAUCAAAUGCAGCAGCAUCGGUUGCCGUGGGAUGAAGUCCAGCAAGAGCUUGGGUGUAGCGACAUUUUCAAUACCGUUUUCACUUGUUCAGAACAAUCAAGUGACGCAGUAAAUGUGGCUGGUCUCGCUGAUCUUGAUCCGAGCAAAUACCUGAUUACCGUCAACGCCACUCUAGCAGAAUCAUCAGGAGUCAUUAGGUUCGGCUAUCAAAGGAGGCACUUCUCAGAAACCGACAUGGAAGGCGUCCUUGAUUGUUUUAAUAAUAUUCUGGGACAGUUACUCCAAUUUCCUCUUCCGGAUCUUUUGGUAGGCGAGGUUGACUUUGUGAGUGAGCUUUCCUGCCAGAAGAUAUCUGAGUGGAACUCGGCGCUGCCAGACCGUCCAGUGCUAUGCGCGCAUGAGCUCAUCCAACAGCAAGCCUUGGAUCGUGCUACGGCUCCUGCAAUUUGUUCUUGGGAUGGCAACUUCACAUAUGCACAACUUGACCGAUUGUCGACUCUCCUAGCAAACCAGCUGGUGGGCUUAGGGGUCAAGCCCGACAUCUUUGUUGCAUUGUGUUUCGAAAAGUCCGCAUGGGCAGUUGUUGCACAGGUUGCUGUUUUGAAAGCUGGAGGAGCCUUCGCUUCAUUAGAUCCAGCUCACCCAGAAAGCCGCCUACAAGGCAUGAUCGAUGAUCUUGGCGCUCAGGUUAUUCUCUGUUCUGAGACACACUACGAGAGAGCCUCCAGCAUCUGUCGUCGCGCAAUGAUCGUAAGCAAUAGCGCACUUGAACAACUUUACCACUCACCCUUUGCUGCUCCGACCCAAGAGGUAACCGCUGAUAACGCAGCCUACGCCAUAUUCACAUCGGGAACCACAGGGAAACCCAAGGUGACAGUACUUGAGCAUGUUGGACUUACCCUAGCCUGCACAGAGCUCUCCAGGGCCUUCUUCAUAAGUUCAGAAACACGCGCUCUGCAGUUCUCAAGCUAUACAUUCGACGUCAGCAUAUUGGAAACUAUCAUAGUCCUUGCUGCUGGUGGUUGCAUUUGUAUCCCUAGCGAAGAUGAGCGCAUGAACAAUCUUUCUGGAGCCAUCAGAAAGAUGAACGUCAACUUCAUGAGCUGUACUCCAUCUAUCGUUAAUACCAUGGACCCCAAUGCUGUUCCUUCAUUGCGAACAAUAACUCUCGGAGGAGAAAAAAUGACUGCAAGCCAUUUCGAGCGAUGGGCUGACAGGUGUGUUAUUAACGCGUACGGUCCGUCAGAGGCUACUGUCGCCUUUACGUCAAGCACAAAAUACGACCAUGCAGGAGUACGCCUUACUGAUGACUAUGGUUCUAUUGGCACUGCUAUUUGUGGCAGGACAUGGAUUGUUGAUCCCCAAAAUCACAAUCGACUUGUGCCCAUCGGCGCACCCGGAGAGCUCGUUCUUGAGAGUUGCACUGUUGCUCGUGGGUAUCUCAAUAAUGACGGGAAAACCAAGGCUGUUUUCAUCCGGGACCCGGAGUGGACUCAGCGUGAAGGGCUACAGCAUGUGUUGAGGCGCAAAGAACGGAUGUAUCGCACGGGAGAUUUAGUGCGCUACAACUCCGACGGCUCGAUUGCUUUCAUUUCGCGAAUUGAUACACAAGUGAAAUUGAACGGUGUGCGCAUCGAAUUGGAAGAAGUUGAGCAACAAUGCAACAACUAUCUUUCGACAGAUACUCAGGUUGCCGUUGAGGUUGUUACUCCAGAGGCCAAAACUAUAUCAAAAUGCUUGGCUGUCUUCUUCACCAUUGACGAGCACCAAAUGAAAGAUAUGGCGAAUGGUGAAUUCAUUCUGCCCAUGUCAGAGUCUGUAGUUCACAUGGUCAAGAAGCUACACGGUUCCCUAAGCGCUUCAUUACCGCUAGCUAUGGUGCCCAAGCUUUACUUCCCCAUGCGGCGCCUGCCGUUUGGAAGCACUGGCAAAACUGAUCGCAAAGCACUUCGAGCAAUGGUCGAUACAUUUACCAAGGAACGCUUGAGACCAUAUGUUAUCUUCAAUGUUGGCACAGAAGAACGCUCCGAUGUGGGAACGGAAGGGACAGAGGGCGUUCUCAAGACGCUAUGGGAGGAAGUCCUUAACCUUGCGCCAGGUUCUAUCAGUGCCGAAGACAACUUCUUCGGCAUGGGUGGCGACUCGUUUUCUGCUAUGAAACUAGUCGUAGCCGCGGCAUCCCAGAAUAUUUCACUUGCAGUGGCCGACAUAUACCGAACUCCUAUAUUCAAAGACAUGGCAAAGACAUGUGGAGCGGGUGAGGUACAGACUGGCGUACCAACAGUGGACCCUUUCAGCAUGCUGCCUGAAUCUCUUUCACGCGAUGAUAUUCUGGAGGAAGUCUCUGAUCAAUGUGGUGUGCCUAUGGAUCGAAUUGCGGACAUCUACCCUUGUAGUCCGGUGCAAGAGGGCUUGCUCACACUUUCUAUCAAACAACCCGGAGCCUAUGUCGCUCGACCUGUGUUCCAACUCGCAGAGGGAGCUGACCUUGACAAGUUUAAAGCUGCAUGGCAAAAGGUGGUUAAUGAAAUGGAUAUUCUUCGGACUCGGGUAGUACACACCGAGUCCGCCAACUUUGUCCAGGCAGUGCUCACUGAUGUCCCUAUCCUCUGGGAAACGGCAACGGAAUUGGAUGAUUUAGCAAACGACACUAUUGACCUAGCCAAGAAUAACGGGGGCUUGCUAACUGGAUACGCCAUUGUCGAGUCCGGACACUCGCGCUCCUUCGUUUGGACCAUACACCACGCUCUCUAUGAUGGAUGGAGUGUGUCCCAGAUCCUUCAACGAGUUGAGGAGAUAUACUCGGGUGCUUCAAAACUUAGCUCGACGCUUCCUUACAAGCUCUUUAUCAAUCACCUGGUCCAGCAAGAGGCUCAUUCCUCGGACGAAUUCUGGAAGACACACCUCGCGGCCCUGUCUUCAUGUCCUUUCCCCCAGAACAAGCCGUCACCUGAUACCAUUCGCGUCGGCAAUCGGCAUUACAGCUCGCUUGAGAUUUCUCAUGCACCAAGUGGGCCUAAUUUAACCGUUCCUGAAAUGAUACGAGCUGCAUGGGCACUAAUUGUAUCCGUCCACACCGGUUCCGGAGAUGUCUGCUUCGCUGAAACCCUAAUGGGUAGAAAUAUUGAUAUGCCUGGGGCUAUGGAAGUUGCAGGACCUCUUUUGACAACGGUUCCUAUACGGAUGGCUGUCAACAACGAGCUCUCGAUUAUUCAGUACCUCGAUAAUGUGCGCCAGCUGACCACAAUGAUGCUGCCGCAUCAACAUUCUGGGCUCCAGAGGAUUCGCAAGCUAAGCAGCGACACUGCCCUUGCUUGCGAAUCCCAAAAUCUACUGGUUAUUCAAUCAGAACAGGCCCAUUCGAACACAAGUAUCUGGGAGCAAAAGGAUAACCUGACUGAAGGCGAAUUUUUCACCCACCCAAUUGUUGUCGAAUGCAAGGUUGGCGAAUCGCAGGUGGCCGUAACCCUUCAUCACGACGAGCUUGUUUUCGACAGUUGGCAGGCUAAGAUGCUCAUUGAACAGUUUACCUUCGUUUUGAGUCAACUGUUAUCAAUCUCCAAUGAAGAAUCCAGAAAGAUCGGAGAGCUAGAGGUUUCCAGUUCUCGGGAUAAGGAAGAAAUUGCUCUCUGGAAUGAGAGAAACCUGACUUGCAUAGACAGAUGUGUUCAUCAUAUCAUUGAGGAGAAAGCAUCCCUCCGACCUCAAGCUCAAGCCGUCUGCUCCUGGGAUGGACAACUAACUUACCAGGAGCUUUACCAGCUUGCUUCUUCGUUUGCAGCUUACCUGAAAACUCGUGGCGUCGGUCCGGAGACUUUGGUUCCGAUCUGUAUGGACAAGUCUUUGUGGGCCAUUGUCACAAUACUGGGUGUCCUCAUUGCGGGUGGAGGAUAUGUCCCCCUUGACCCUGCUCACCCAACGUCAAGGCACAAGGAGAUUCUGACAGAAGUCGAAGCCCGUGUCGUUCUCUGUUCUCCCAAGUAUCAAAGUCGGUACACUGGCUCUGUGAAAGCAAUCAUCCCUGUCAGCAAAGAGACAAUCAAGGCGUAUUGUGCUCUUAAAACGGCAACCGCUAAGACUACUAACAACGCUACACCCGAAAACGUUGCAUUCGCUAUCUUUACCUCUGGCAGCACUGGUCGUGCUAAGGGUAUUAUCAUCAACCACAAGGCACUUGCCAGCAGCGGCAUGGCAUUCGGGCCCAUGGUGCACCUUGACGAGAAUUCUCGAGCUUUCCAAUUUGCCUCUCUUACUUUUGAUGCUGCUGUCAUGGAAACACUCGUCACCUUGAUGCACGGCGGUUGCGUGUGCAUUCCAAGCGAAGAUGAACGCUUGAAUGAUGUUGCUGGCGCUAUUCGUCGGAUGAAUGUCUCUUGGUCAUUCCUGACUCCAUCCAUAGCCAGUAUCAUUGAACCGUCAUCCGUUCCAUCUCUGAGGGAUCUUGUGUGUGGUGGAGAGAAGAUGUCUCGCGAAGUCAUCACCAAAUGGGCACAUCGGGUAAACCUGAUGAAUGGAUAUGGUCCAACUGAAACUACUAUCUUCGCGGUUAUCAACACAGAUGUUGCUGCCAAUCCGGAUCCCGCCUGUAUCGGCCAUGGCAUUCCUUGCACCCUAACCUGGGUUGUCGAUCCUGACGACCACAACAAACUAACUCCUCUAGGGGCUGUUGGUGAGCUGGCACUGGAAGGCCCCGCACUUGCUAGGGAAUACCUCAAGAACCCUAAGAAGACAGCAGAGGCUUUUGUGGAUGAGCCGGAGUGGAUUAAGGCCUUCCCUAGUGUCCUACCUUCGCCCAGAAGAAUAUACAAGACUGGAGAUCUUGUCAGAUACAACUCUGACGGUUCCAUUCAAUACAUCAGCCGCAAGGACCAUCAAGUCAAGCUUCACGGGCAGCGCAUGGAGCUUGGAGAGAUUGAGCACAGACUAUAUGAGGACCCGCGAGUCCGCCACGCUGUGGUCUUACUGCCAACGGCAGGUCCCCUCAAACAGCGGUUGGUCACUGUUCUUUCACUGAAUUCUGUAACUGCGGAGAAAAGCAUCAUAUCAGACAAUGCAUGUGAACUUGUCGAUCGGGGUGGAUCUGCACGGGCAGCAUACCAGGAGCUCGUUGCUAUCCAGAAGAGCUUAGAGACACAGCUACCAAUCUACAUGGUUCCACAGGCUUGGGCUCUGAUCAAGCAGCUCCCAAUGCUCGUGUCUGGCAAGCUAGACAGGAAGCGAAUCACAGCUUGGCUGGAGAACGUUGAUGAUGCUGCUUAUGAUCGCAUAAUGGAGGAUUACGACAACAUAAAACGUGGGGAUGUCGAGCAAGACGAGGAGAAAGAGGAUGACCGAGAGACUUCUGUCAAGCUUCUUCAGGAAGUCUUUUCCCAGGUUCUCAACUUACCAUCUCACAAGGUGGGCUUGAACAGGUCAUUUGUGAGCCUAGGUGGUGAUAGUAUCACUGGAAUGGCUGUCAUUUCUCGAGCGCGUAAACAUGGACUCACGCUGACCCUCCACAAUGUGCUUCAGUCGAAGUCGAUAAAGGAGCUUUCUCUAGCUGCUCAGACAAGCGUCAAGACAGUGAAAAGAGAGGAGAAGCCUCAUGAAUACUUCGAACUGUCUCCGAUCCAGGGAUUGUUCGUUCAAACAACAACAAAUUUUCGGGAUUCUUCUCGCUUUAACCAAAGCAUGACAGUUCGCGUUACUCGAAGGGUCGAGCCAACUAGAAUGCAACGCGCCAUCAAGGCUGUUGUUGAACAGCACUCCAUGUUCCGAGCACGGUUGUUCAAGUCUCGCGACGGAAAGUGGAAGCAGAAGAUCAGUGAUGAUGUUGAUGCCUCAUACCGCUUCCGUCAUCAUAUGGUGGAAAAUAAAGAUGCAAUUCUCCCCAAGAUCGCCGAGUGUCAACGGUCUGUAGAUGCUCAACAUGGACCCAUCGUUGCUGCAGACAUGUUCCAAGACAUCCAAGAUUUCCUCGAUGCUGGAUCAUUGUCCCCGGAGAAGCCCCUGUCAUUCCAAGCUUGGUGCAACCUUCAGCUUGAACAGAGCAAGAAACCAAAUGGCAGAGUCCAGCUGCCUUUUUCUAUUCAGCCUCCCGACCUGAAAUACUGGGGCAUGGAGCAGUCCCAGAAUCUCUAUGGGGAUGUCAAGAUGGAAGGGUUCACGCUUGAUGCCGCAGUCACGACACAAAUCCUCGCAGCCUGCAAUAAGGUUCUACGCACCGAGGCUAUUGAAGUCAUACUCUCCGCUGUUAUUCACUCUUUCCGUCGCACGUUUACUGAUAGAGAAAUGCCGACUAUUUACAACGAGGGCCACGGUCGCGAGGCGUGGGACAGCUCUAUCGAUCUCUCAAGAACGGUGGGCUGGUUCACGACUAUGUGUCCACUGCAUGUUGGUGAAGGGUCGGAUCUACUUGACACUUUGAAGCGUGUCAAAGACACAAGGCGUCACCUCAGCAGUAAGAGCCGGUCAUACUUUGCGGAAAGCCUGCUUCAGCCGGAAGGUAAAGAGGGCGAUGCUUUCUCUGUCCCGCUCGAGAUUCUGUUCAACUACCUUGGCCAGCUGCAACAGCUAGAGCGCGAUGAUUCGCUUUUCCAACAUUAUGGUGAAGCCUUCAACGCGGAGACCUUCGAGAUGACAGGGGACAUGGGCUCGAAGACACCUCGGUUUGCUCUCUUCGAGAUCUCGGCGCUUAUAAUCAAGAACAAGCUUCAGGUAUCGUUCACUUACAAUAAGCACAUGCAGAAAGAACAGCGGAUCAAGGGCUGGAUAUCUGAGUGUAAACGAGUGCUGGAGCAUAUGUCUCGUUUCGAGAGCUUCACAUCUGAGCCGACACUCAGCGAUUGUCCCUUACUCCCCAUCACUUACGAAGGCCUGAACAACAUGGUCAAGAGAGCAUUCCCAAAGAUUGGAAUUGAUAGCUGGGAUCAGGUUGAGGAGGUUUAUCCCUGCUCCCCAGUACAAGAAGGUAUCCUUCUUAGUCAGCUUCGAGACCCGGAGGAAUACCUGUUCCAUGUCAUCUUUGAAGUGCACCCAUCCAAGGGUAGCAAGGUGGAUACAAGCAAGCUUCGAAAGGCAUGGUCCAUGGUUGUCAGCAGGCACCCUAUCUUACGGUCUGUCUUCAUUGACAGCAACUACAAAGGCGGAUCUUUCGACCAGGUAGUGGUCAAGUCACUCGACGAUGAGGUCAUUGAGUUCCAGUGCCCUGAGUCGGAUGCAUUGGGUACACUUGGGGAAAUAAAGCUGCGCGAUAUCAAUGCUGAGAGAUCGAUGAAGCUCGCCCACCAGAUGACCCUCUGCAAAACAACUUCUGGGCGAGUCCUGUUCAAGAUUGAGAUGAACCAUGCCAUUAUCGAUGGCGGGUCGGUUGAUCUGCUUCUUCGGGAUCUCGCCCUCGCAUACAGUGAUCAGCUUUCUGCCGGAACCGGUCCACGUUUUAGUGAUUAUGUCAAGUAUAUCAGGGAACAAUCCCAGGGAGAAGCAGUGGCACACUGGGUGAAGUAUCUUUCUGGCGUGCGACCUUGUCACCUCCUGGUAUCUUCCAAAAAGAGCGGUAGCCACCAGCUCGGCGAGCGCAUGAUAUCUUUCAAGCGCUUCUCUGAGUUGCAAAGAUUCUGCGAGGAAAAUUCCGUCACACUCGCUAACUUGACCCUCUGUGCCUGGGCAAUUGUACUCCGGAAUUGUACAGGAUCUGAUGAUGUCUGCUUCGGAUAUCCGUCUGCUGGUCGUGACUCCCCUGUUCCUGGGAUCCAAGAUGCGGUCGGUAUCUUCAUCAACAUGUUGUGCUGUAGAGUCAAAUUCUCUCCCGGACAAACUCUUCUUGAGAUUGCCAAGAAGGUACAGGAUGACUUUGUCAGGAAUGUGCCGCAUCAACACUGCUCUCUGGCUCAGAUCCAGCAUGAGCUUGGAAUGCAUGGAGAGACGCUCUUCAACUCAACUCUUUCCAUUCAGAAUCGCUCUGCCAACAAAGGCACUAGAAAUUUGCCGCUCGACUUCGAAGCCCAAAAGGCCCAUGACCCGACUGAGUAUCCUGUUACUGUAAAUGUGGAGACUACCAAGGGCAAGGAGGGAGUUUUGCUGAGGUACUGGAGCAACGCAGUGACCGAAGCACAAGCAAAGGAGCUAGCGGAAGCUGUUAACAAGGUCUUUACAUGCUUCAUCGAGGAGCCAUCCAAGCUGGUAUCGAGCUUGAACCUCCUUAACAAGCUACCGCGGAACCGUUCGCAGCACACGCACAGGGAGCCCCUUAUUUUGGACCAGUUGAUUGACAGUCAGGUCCUACAGAAGCUAAUUGACGAUCGCGUGAAUGAGAUAAUCAGCCAAAUGCUGAAGGAAGGCAAGCUCGCCAUACCCCUUCCUGAUCAGAAGACUAGAUACUCGAACAGCUCUGUUCAACUCAAGAUGGUCGAGGCUUCGCUCCAGGAGGAUCCCAUAAUAGACGAAAAGGAUCUUGCAAACUCAACACCAUCCCUAACAGAUGAUGGCAGAAGCUCAAGUGACAAUGAUAGGCGCCUUUGGGACCUGUGGAAGUCGACAUUAGGGCUAUCUUCAGACACUAUCCAAUACCGGAGUAGCUUUUUCAAGCUAGGCGGUGAUAGUAUUACAGCAAUGAAGAUGGUCAGCGCUGCACGAGAAGAGGGCUUGCAAAUGACAGUGGCGGAUGUGUUCAACAACCCGAUCUUCGAGGACAUGCUGGCUACGAUUACUCCGAGCAGCAGCCCGACCUCAAACGCCGAUACCCAGUGCGCAAACAACAUUGAAAAACUCCUGGAGGUUAAUGAUGCCCUUCCAGAUGCUACCCCACCGCAGGAUAUCUCGGUGCUUAGGCCAAUGCAGCUCGAUGCCAUGUCUCUGCUUGAUGUCAUCUGCCCUAAGAUAGGGGUGUUCAAAGGAGGAAUUGCUGAUGUUCUCCCUGUUACGGACUUCCAAUCCAUGUCGAUCGCUGCCACGCUCUUCGGAUCGAGGUGGAUGCUGAACUAUUUCUUCCUCGAUGGAAGUGGUCCUCUAGACCUUCGACGACUGAGGGAAAGCUUCUUGAGGGUGGUCGAUGCUUUCGAUAUCCUUCGAACUGUUUUUGUCUGCCACCACGGGCAGUUCUUCCAGGUGGUGCUGAGAAAAGUCCGACCGGACAUUUUUGUGCAUGAGACGGAGCAGAGUCUAGAUGAGUACACCAACAGCUUACAAAAACGGGACCGCGAACAAGAUCCACGCCAAGGUGAGCAGUAUGUGCAGUUCUACGUUGUCAAGAAUAAGAAUAGCGACCAGCAUCGCAUCUUGAUCAGGAUGUCGCAUGCCCAAUUCGACGGCGUUUGUCUGCCAAAGAUUAUGAACGCAAUCAAGCUGGGAUACGAGGGCAGCACCCUACCUCCAGUCUUCUCCUUUUCGAACUAUAUGCGGAUGCUUCCUGGAAACAUCACCCCGGCACACUACCACCACUGGUCAACAAUACUCAAGGGCUCUAAGAUG